GGCACUCCGGGAACAACAAUGAGGAUCAAGGACGCGUCGCAUCAACCUCAGCAUCAUCAUCGUCUUCGUCGUUGUCGUCGUCAUCGGGAAGCCGCUACCGGCAACGCAUUUGGCCACCGAAGAUGCGCAACCAGAAUCUAUUUAAACCCACUCGGUGCCGCCCAGCUGCUUAGUUAUAAUUUUAAACUCGCGCGCGUCGGAUCGGGAACAACGGGAACACAAGACACGAACCUUGUUUGGAGCAAUAUGGAAGAAGCGGUGUGAGUUUUUGUGUUUGGAAAAGUUCAGUGGAGUAGUGGCGCACAAGAAGGAUAUUUAGGAAUUAUAAUGAGCUGCAACACUAAUUGGAAUUGAGAAAUUUUAGUGAGGAUGUUCAAAAAUUACUGAAGGGUAAUUUAUACAUGACAGUGGAUAAAUCAAUGAAUGCUCGAAGCAUUAGUUAGUGGAACACAUUACAGCCCUUAGUCUGGAUUAACUGGCAUAUCAAUUGUUCAAAUAUCAACGGGAAAAUUUAACAAUUUGUCAUGCUCUUAGAUUAUGGUAUAUCGCUAUUGUUAACACUACUGACAGUAUGUAUCACAGGCAUCGCCGGAGAGAGCUACCAACCUUCUUCAUCUCCCGGCAGAACCAGCCUCACCUUCAAUGACAUCCUUCCGGAAGACCCAAAGCUGUACGACAAAAUGCGCCCGCCCAAGAAGGACGGUCAGCCCACAACGGUACUGUUCCACGUGACGGUCAUGGGUCUUGACUCGAUCGACGAGACGUCGAUGACGUACGCGGCGGACAUAUUCUUCGCACAGACCUGGAAGGACCACCGGCUGAGGCUGCCGGAGAACAUGACCUCCGAGUACCGGCUGCUGGAGGUCGAGUGGCUCAAGAACAUGUGGCGGCCGGACUCGUUCUUCAAGAACGCCAAAUCGGUCACGUUCCAAACGAUGACCAUCCCCAACCACUACAUGUGGCUGUACAAGGACAAAACGAUCCUGUACAUGGUCAAGCUGACCCUGAGGCUGUCCUGUGCGAUGAACUUUCUCAUCUAUCCACACGACACGCAGGAAUGUAAGCUGCAGAUGGAGAGCUUAUCUCACACAACGGACGACAUGAUCUUCCAAUGGGACCCGGAAGUCCCCCUGGUGGUAGACGAGCACAUCGAGUUGCCUCAGCUGGCACUGGUGAAGAACAACACGGCGGACUGUACCCAGGUCUACUCGACAGGGAACUUCACCUGCCUUGAGGUGAUUUUUGUCCUGAAGCGACGUCUGGGCUACUACCUCUUCCAUACGUACAUUCCAACCUGUUUAAUCGUCAUCAUGUCGUGGGUCUCAUUUUGGAUCAAACCGGAAGCGGCCCCAGCCCGCGUAACGCUCGGAGUUACUUCGCUCCUAACCCUCUCGACGCAGCAUGCCAAAUCUCAAGCAUCCCUCCCGCCGGUGUCCUACCUGAAAGCCGUGGACGCCUUCAUGUCCGUCUGCACGGUGUUCGUGUUCAUGGCCCUGAUGGAGUACUGCCUGGUGAACAUCGUCCUCGGAGACUCCGACCCUCCGAAGCCGAACCCGAAACCUCACCCCCCACCCAAGAUGGAUCGCUUUUUUGACUUCAAUGCCCCGGGGAAAAACGGAAAACGUGGUAGCAAAUCGUUGGAGAACAGCGAAACUACAACCGUGAACACGUUUCAGAGACAGGAAAGUACCCUGCUGCUAUCACCGGUUCCGCACAUACAGACCAUCCCUCCGCCACCAUGUAAGCCGGCAUCGGCCAUUCCGAAGCUCACCCCGGCACAAAUACGGCUGAGGCGUGCGAUCAACAUCGAUCGGUUUUCGCGGGUUUUCUUCCCGCUGCUCUUCACGCUUCUGAACACCGCCUACUGGAUCAUGUUCUAUGAAUACAUCUAAGAAACAUCGCGCUUGUUAGUGGUAUUUAAAACAAGAAAGUACCGUAGACGUAUCAAACUGUUUCAAUUAUAGCAAAAUCAUUUCUCAUGAAAAUACAGCAAUUUUAAGGUGAAUAUAGAACGAAGCCAAACCUUGAAUUUUGGAAAGCACAAAUCUGAGGAACCAUACAUCG